AUGGAACAAUCCUCACGAACUUCGAAAACCGAAACUCCGAGAGUCCACUCUCCUCAAGAGCUUCCACAAUCAAUCUCGCGGUCUGCUGCUAUCGUGCACGGAGCUACAACUCAGCUCAACAAGGAUAACAUCGAGAAGAGAGCCGAUGAAAACAAAGCUGUUGAAGAGACUGGCGAGCAGAGGAAGGCCGUUAGAAGCAAGCCAGGUGGAAGCGAAGCUGCAAGAGGUCUAGUCUGGGACUUCAAGGAGUUUGAAAGCAAGAUGCAGAGGCGAUAUGGGCAGCCCGCCGGGACCGCCGAGCCUCGAGUCGAUACGACGGCCAACUCCACCAGCCAUGUCUCGCAAGCAGACUAUCAAUCAAAACAGCCUCACGUACGAGGCCAAAAUACACCUGUUCGAGCGCGUCAGGAUUCACUAGACCUGAGUAGUCCUGUUCCUAGGCUACAGAACGAUCUCGUCCUCCAACAUCAAGCACCAGUAGCAUUGUCUUCCAAAACCCUGGGUCCAGCUACGACCUCAACAACCAGAACUUCAGCACAUAUGAACUUCGAUUCACAAUUCCGCUUAAUCAACGCCAAGAGAGUCACUCGUGACGACGUCCAGGCUGUCCUGCAGUAUGCGAAGAAGCGUCGUGCCGACGGAAAAGCCGUUGGCCUCCAGGAUCGAUACAACCAUGUCAGAAUUUUCAUGCGGUACGAAGUGAUUGACAGCAGUAUCCCCGUCAUCGAUCAACAUAACUACAAGGACCCAAGCGUCCUGACUGCUAUCGAAGAGGAGAAACAGCGAGCUGCCGACGCCGACGCCGUCAGGGCCGCGCACACAUGGGUCCGUCGAGGCACUUGGCGAAAAACUCGUUUCACUGAGGCAUUCCUUGCGAGUCAAGAUCUGGAACAACUCAACAAGAUUAACUGCAUGGACGCUGCAGCCAGAACCAAGCUUCGCGAGAGAACGACCGAUACCAAGAUCUCAGUCUUGUGCGGCAUGACGCACGACAUGCGGAAAGCGCUGGAAGUGUUGCUCAUCAAACGCAUAUAG